GAUAUUAAGCGUAUUCGUAGCCUGGUGUAAAUAGUAAAGAUGGCUUCAGCUUUGGAAAAUUUAGAAACACAAUUAGAACUUUUUAUCGAAAAUGUUAGGCAGAUUCGAAUAAUAGUUAGUGAUUUUCAACCUCAAGGUCAAAAUGUACUCAAUCAAAAAAUUCAAGGUCUUGUAAAUGGAUUACAAGAAAUAGAUAAACUCAAAUCACAAGUUCAAGAUGUCCAUGUACCUUUAGAAGUAUUCGAUUAUAUUGACCAAGGUAGAAACCCACAACUAUAUACUAAAGAUUGUAUAGAAAAAGCAUUGACGAAGAACGAACAAGUUAAAGGAAAGAUAGACGCAUACAGAAAAUUUAAAGCUAACAUGUUAGUGGAAUUAAAUAGAGUAUUUCCAAAUGAAUUAGCUAAAUACAGAGCAGUACGUGGAGACGAAUGAAAAAUCGAGCGAUCAAACGAUUCAUUAAAGCUGAUAUGUACCAUACAUGUUCAUUAGAAAUUUAAUUAUCAAAUCUUUUUUUGCUUUUUAAAAUGAAUCGUUAUUAUCUUGUAUAUAUUAGACAUAAAUGUUUAUUACCAUUUAUAACGUCAAUAAUAUAACAUUAAUAAGAUAUGUAUUUCGUGUCCUUCCUUCUUUCAUGAAUCAUAUAAUCUUGUAUAAGAAUUUUUAAAGAUAAGCUUCUAUUCAAUUAUUUAUAUUCGAUUAUAAUUAAUAUAUCAAAUGUUGUAAAAGUUAUUAAUAAUAAGCACAUUAUUUUACGUAUUGUAUUUAAACAAUUAAAAAAACUCUUUUUAUAAUGCUAAAGAUUAAAAAAAGUAUAUUUCGUAAUGAACAAAAUCACCACUAUUUUUUAUCUACCAAAAAUUAUACGAGAUAUUAGAAGUGAAUGUACCAAUUUUUGCAAUAUUACUUUGACAAUUAAUAUAUUAAUUAAAUUAUUAAAAGCGGUGAUUCUCGAGCUAUACUUGCAAUCUUCUUUUCUUAAAAAUCGUAUCCGAUUUCAAAAACGAUCUGUCUCAAUUAUAUUUAUAAAUUAUAUUAAUGAAUAAAUUAUACUAAUAAAAAAAUAUUAAAAAAUAA